AGUUUUCUUCACCUAUACCAAAUGUUAGUUACUUUAUAAUAAAGGGAUUCACAGUAUAGGCAUCUGUAGCAUAAACACAGUAAACAGCUGAUCUAUUGAACUCAUACGCCAUACUUGCUCAGAUAAUGUAUGCAAAUUCCGAUGAUUAUUCAUUGAGAUAAUGAGAACAACAAGACUAAUCCUUUUAGAAAAAACUACGCUGUUUCCAAGACAGGAAGUAAAACCUUCCUCCUUUGUAACUACUAACUUUAGUAUUUCACUGUAUUGUAAAGACCUUUAGACUUUUAGCUUUUGAGAGCUAUUUAUUUUGAUAAGAUGUGGAAUCAAAUUUAUAGAAUAUUCGUAUUCUCAACCGACUUACUUCAAAUAAAGGACAUUUUCCUCUAUUACCAGGCAAGCAUAAAAAUGAGGAGCUGGCUGAUCUGCUUGUGCGUGCUGACGGUGGUGGUGACAUGCCACUCGCAGGCCCCCAAUCGCUACGAGAACUUCAACGCAGACGCCAUCAUACAGAACGACAGGAUCCUCUUGGCGUACUACAAGUGCGUCAUGGACAAAGGACCCUGCACGAGGGAUGGGAAGAACUUUAAACGCGUUCUUCCAGAAACAUUAGCAACCGCCUGCGGUCGCUGCAACCCCAAACAGAAGACAAUCGUGCGUAAGCUACUUCUCGGCAUCAGGUCCAAGAGCGAGCCUCGCUUCCUUGAACUGCUUGACAAGUACAACCCUGAUCGGUCCAACAGAGAUGCCCUUUACGCUUUCUUAGUCACCGGCAACUAAGCCAUUAAAGAGAUCACCCAAAUUCAUAACAGUAAUUUGCUCAAACUGACCAGUUGUUUUGUGAAGCGUUUUCGAACAAUGACUAAUUACCGUAUCAGGUCUGACCGACCAGUUUGAUGAUACCGUUGCUUUUACAGUAUGAUAUUAAUUAAUUAUUGUUUUGUUAACAUCCAAAAUAAGUAGUACGUUAGUGCUGUUUGCGUGAAGACUCCGUAAGAUAUUCAUGGAAUUUGUUUUAAGAAAAUCUUUGAAAUCUGUUAAAAUGCAUUUAUAAUUUAUUGAAUUGGUGUCAAUUAUAGAUAGUUUUAAGUGUAAGGAUAAGGUAAUAUAAAAUAUAUUAAGUAUACAUUU